AUGCAGGAAAUGUUAAAGAACAAUAAGAUAGUAGAUAAGAUAAAAUAUAAUUUUGAAUUAAUAGACGAAGGUUUAAUUACGAAUGAAUAUAAUUUAAUUUGGAAUAACAAAUUAAUAACAGGAGGAUUCCGAGUUUGGAGGAAAGCAGUGACAUUAGCAAUUUGGAAAAAUGAAAUUUUAAACAGCGAGAGGUUAGAAGAUCUAUUUAUGUACAAUUAUAGAAACGAAUUCGACUGGAUCGCAAGUCUUGAAUUUAUUAGUAAUAGAGUUAAAUUUUCGCAAAGACAAUGUGGUGAUAGAGACACAAUUGAACGCUCAUACAGAAUCAAAAAUUUACUUAAAGAAUUGCCCACAUAUAACACUUUAUUUAAAAGAAACACGAACAAAAUUGAUACAGAUAAAUGUAUAAGAUGUGGGAAAAUCUUCACGGAAGAUUGGGAACACAUAUGGAUAUGUGAAGAUAACGAUAUAUCAAUUGAUGAAAUCAUACGAGAAUCACCAUAUAAUUUCGAAAAAGUUUUGGAUAACUCUAACCAAACCGAAGAACUAGAUAUCUUAAGAAACUACAAUUGUGAAUUUAUUAAUAUAAUAGAAAGUCCUUCAAAUAUUUUGUUGGGGAAAAGCAGAAAAUGGGAAUUAUUAAGAGGGAUUUAUAAUAAUAAAUUCAAUGAUUUAUCUAAAGAGAAAAAAGUUAAAGAUCUAAUCAAAAAGCUUUGGAUGUUCACGUAUGACGAGAUUAAGAAACGAAUAUGGAUACCACGAUGCGAAGAAAUUAAAAGAUUAGAAGAAAGAGAACAAAUUAAAAAAAUAGAUCUUAGAAGGAGAAGAGCCGCAAACGAUGAUAUAGUAGAAGAUGAAAUCGACAAGGAUAUAUUACCAGGAAAAAUGAAAAAACAAAAAACAAAAGAAAAUUUAGUUAAAAAAGAAAAAAAUACAAAUAUAAAUAGACAAAUUAGCUUAGUAACGUUAGACAAAUUGAAAGGAUUAAUCACAGAAGGAGUACAUGCAUGUGGAUCAUUGAACAUCCUCCGAGCUGUUGAUCGUUGCUCCGGACUACAGUAA